AUGGGGAACACCAAGAGCAGCAUGUUGUCCAAGGAACUUCUGGAUGAACUAAAAUCCAACACUAAGUACUCAGAAACUGAACUGUGCAGCUGGUACCAGUCCUUCCUCCGAGAAUGUCCUGGCGGGAAGAUUAGCAAAGAACAGUUUGAAGGCAUUUAUGCAAGCUUCUUCCCAGACGCUGACCCCACCGCCUAUGCCCGCCACGUCUUCCGUAGCUUCGACACCAACUCUGAUGGCACCCUGGACUUCAAGGAGUACAUUGUGGCACUGCACCUGACCUCGGGCGGAAGGACUCGUCAGAAGCUUGAGUGGGCCUUCGCCCUCUAUGACGUGGAUGGCAACGGGACCAUUAGCAAGAACGAGAUCCUGGAGAUCGUCAGGUCCAUCUUCAACAUGAUUCCAGCUGACGACCAGGAGAGGCUUUCCCAAGAUGAGAACACACCAGAGAAGAGAGCAGAGAAGGUCUGGAGCUUCUUUGGGAAGAAGAACAAUGACAAAAUCUCGGAGGGUGAGUUCAUCCGAGGCGUUAUGGACAACAAGGACAUCCUGCGCCUCAUCCAGUAUGACGAACCUCAGAAGAUUAAAGAUAAACUGAAGGAGAAGAAACAGUAG